AUGAACAGUUUAAUUUUGAACUCGUCUAAUAGUAGUGAUUCUUGUUGUAGCGAUGAUGAAGAUAUUAAUAAAGUAAAAGAAUAUAUAGAUAAGAUACAUUUAUUAAGCAAUAAUUAUAAUAUAAAAAUAAGAAUAAAUGAACAAAAAGAACAGGAGAAUUUUGUUAAUAAUGCUGAAUAUAUUAAUAUGUAUAUUAAGAAACAUGAAUUAUUUAAAAAAAAAUUAAAUGAUAUAUAUAAUUUUUUAAAGAAAAAAUCUAAUUAUGAUGCAUUUGAACAUAUUGAAAAUAUUUAUAAAACCGUAUCUAAUAUAAACUCUUCAUAUGAAUUUAUAUCUCUAAAAAUAAGAACUGAAAUUAUUAUUGAACAAAUCAAAAAAAAUAUACAAUAUAAUUAUCAUGAUACUAUUAUAUAUUUAAAUGAGUUUUUACAAAUAAGAUAUAAAAUAUAUAAAUAUAAUAAUAACGCCAUCUUUCUCUUAUCAAAAAAAGAAACAAAUCAUCAUGAUGAUACAAAAAAAAAAGAUCUUUUCUUAAAGAAUGACGAGAAAUUUAUAGAAAAUGAUAUUAUCGAUUAUAUUAAUUAUAAAAAAAGUUGUCUAUUUCAAAACGGUUUUAAUAAAAAAAGGCAUGACCAUUCAAACGCAUACGUUCACUUAUAUGAGAUGGACAAGGAAAAAAUUAAUGACCUCAACAGAUAUUAUGAUCGUGUAAAGGGACUUAUAGAAGAUGAUAUUAUGCAAUGCAUCAAAAAAAAAGACAUAGAUAGUAUUAAGGAGAAAAUAAAUAUUUAUUUAAGUCUUUUUCAAAGAGGUAAUUUAGAAACAGCAAGUCAUAAAAAAAAUGGAAAGGAUGAUGACUCAUCUGGUGAGUAUGGCCGUGUAAAGGACGAAAAUUAUGUAAACAAGAAAAAGGGUAAAGAUAUUAUUAGCGAUGGGUUUAAUAAUAUAGAAAGUGAUAAUAAUAUAGAAAGUGAUAAUAAUAUAGAAAGUGAUAAUAAUAUAGAAAGUGAUAAUAAUAUAGAAAGUGAUAAUAAUAUAGAAAGUGAUAAUAAUAUAAAAAGUGAUAAUAAUAUAAAAAGUGAUAAUAAUAUAAAAAGUGAUAAUAGUAUCCAUAGUGAUAUUAACUAUGAUAGUUUUGAUAAUCAUAAUUAUAAUGAGGAUAAAAAUAACAAAAUAAAUAAAUUAAAUGAAAAGCAUCAUAGAGACAAUAGAAAGAAUAGACAUAUAGAUUCGAAGGAUAAUAUAAUACAUGGUAAUAGUAAUAGAAGAAAAGUAAAUACAGAUAAACAGAUAAUAUUUUUUGAAGAAUAUUUAUUUGUAUGCUAUAUUAUAAUUACAUUAGUAGAAAUAGAAAUUGAUAAGUUAUUAGAAUUUUUAAAUAAAAAAAUUAUGAGUAAAGAAGAUAAUGUAUAUAUUGAAUGUAUAAAAAGCACAUACACAUUUUUUUACAAAUAUAAUAAUUUAUUUGAAAAAUUAGUUGACAAUAAUAUUGUUUAUAUAAUAUAUAAUAGAAAGAUACAAUUAUUAUUUAAUAAAAUUAUUGAGAAAAUAUGUAAAGAAUAUUUUUCUCAAGUAAAUUUAAGAAUAGAUAAUUAUGAUGAAUUAAAAAAUUAUGAUAAGAAUAUAGAAAUUUUAUCAGUUUUAUGUUAUAAUUUUUUAAAUAUAAAAAAGUUUCUAUAUGAUUUAUCAAUAAACAAAAUGACAAAUAUAUAUAAAAUAUUUGAUAUCAGAAAUCAUAUAAAUACAAAUAUGUUUUCUUUAGAAACAGGAUUAUAUAAAAAUUUAUCAUAUAUUAUUAAUAUACAAAAUUGUAUAUGUGCUUAUAUUGAUCAUGAAGUUUCUUUCUCUAAUAUGUGUAUAGAUAAAGCAUAUAUAUUGACAGAUGAUAUUAUGUUAUCUUUAAUAGAUGACGAAAAAAAAGAAAUAAACAACAACAACAAUAAUAAUAAUAUUAAUAUUAAUAAUAUUAAUAUUAGUAGUAAUGAUAUUAAUAAUAAUAAUAAUAAUAAUAUUGCUCAUAAUAAUAUGAACUAUGAAAAUAUUUUAAAUAACAAUGAAUUUACAUCAACCAUAUUAGAAGAUGCUUUUUUUAUAUAUCAAAAAUGUGUAUGUAGAAGUAUUCAUAUGAAUGAUAUUAACACCAUAUGUGUUCUUAUAAAUAAUAUUAUGAUACAUCUAUCAACAACAUUAAAAAAUUAUUUAAAUGAUAAUUUAAAAAUUGCUAAAAAUAUUUAUGCUUCUUUUAUACACGAUAUACAGAAUAUCAAAUAUUUUUCAUUCACAAAAUUGUUAAAGCAUAUAGACAAAAAUAAUUAUUUAGGAGAUAACCAGACUAGUGCCACAGUUACAUUUGCUCAAAACUUUGUUAACUCAAUUAGUUAUAUAAGUCAAGAAAAUAAUGAACACGAAAGGAAUUAUAAAAGUUAUUCAGUUGAUGAAAAUGGCAUAACAGAUAAUUCUGAUGUGACCAAAAAGUUUGACGUGACAAAAAAGUUUGACGUGACAAAAAAGUUUGACGUGACAAAAAAGUUUGACGCGACAAAAAAGUUUGACGUGACAAAUACAUAUAAUUUAACUGAUGAACAUAAUUCUGCUGUUCAAUAUUUUAAAAAUUAUGAACCCCCUUGUGAUGAGAAAAAAAAAAAAAAAAAUUUGUAUGAUUAUUUAAAACCUCAUCAUUAUGAAAAUCUAUAUAAUCCUUUGUCAACACAACAAAAUAUUAUGAAUGAAAUUAUUAAUUCAAAGUUUAGUUAUCUCCAUUGUGUAAAUAAUAUCGACUCGUGUUAUAUAUAUAUUCAAAAAUAUAAAAUAUUUAUUACUGAUUAUUUUUCUGAACAAUUCAUCCAAAUUAAUAAAAAUCAGAAAAACAUACAAAAUUAUCAACACAUGUUUAAUAAUGCCCUAGCUAAUUAUGAUAAUAUUUUAAAAGAAUAUGAAAAGUUAAAUAUGGAAAAUUGUAAAAAUCUUUUAAAUAUUUUAAAAAUACAUUUUAUCAAUGAAUUAAUUGUAAUCGAAAAUAUCAACUUUAAUAUUACAAGUGAACAAUAUUCAUACUAUCAAUUAAAUGACCCAUAUAUAAAUAACUUAAUCAAUAAAAUAAAAUUAGUUAUCAAUCAUAUAUCAUUAUAUUUUAAUCAAAAUAUUUUAUACAUAUCAAUUAACAUGUUGGCCGAAAAGAUUUGCAAAUAUAUCGAACGAAUUAUAAAAACCAAAACGUUCAGCCUCUAUGGAUGUGUACAAAUAGAUAACGACAUCAGAAAUCUCAUGCUUUUUUUUACUUCCUUAACAAAUAUCAAUGUUAAAAAAGAAUUCACAAAACUAUUAGAAAUAUGUGAGUUACUAAAUAUAAGCGACCUACAAGACUUUAAAGAUUUCUAUGAUGAAAAUAAAAACAAUUUGAAUUCAGCUGAAAUUGAAAGUAUUAUAUCCCUUCGAAACGAUAUUUCCGAGGACCUCUUAAAAUUGAUAAAAUCGUACAUGAACUUGAAAAUAUAA